GCAGAAAUGAUUAAAUCCCGCCUCAUUCUCCUCUCUCGCGCCUCAAAAUUUGGCCCGUGAUGCAACUUUUAACUUUUCCUCGCUCAGUUUAAUCAGCGAAUCCAAGAUGCGAACAGAACCUUUUUUGUGCGCGCUGCUUUGCCUUUUCCUAGGCGAAUUUACUUCGGGAGCUAAAAUUUUAGCAGUCCUGCCGGUGGCGUCGCCGAGUCACGGAAUCUGGAAUAAGGCCCUGAUCGAAGCCCUGGCCGAUAAAGGUCACGACCUGACGGUGCUGUCGGCCAACUCGGGAAAGAACAGGCCCAAUUUGCGUUACGUCGAAAUAGAGAACUCGUUCGAAGGCGCCGACGACAUCCCGUUCGCAGAUAUAGCCGCGUUGAAUUCGUUCGGAAAUAUCGUGUUCGUCUUUGAAUGGCUCUACAUGACUUGCCAGAUGCAGAUCAAGGCCAAUGGCACCAGAGAAGCCAUCCUGGAUUCCAAAGAAAGAUAUGAUCUGAUAAUUUACGAGUCAACCGGCGUCGACUGCUUUUUGGGCACGAUGCACAAAUUCGCCGGCACGCCGUCCGUGGCGAUUUCCGCCUACGGCUUCUCCUGUUUCAACUGCGACCCCACGGGCGUCUGGUGCCCCCCGUCGACCGUCCCCGUCGAGUGGUUCCCCGUGCCCGACGAAAUGAGCUUUUGGCAGCGCCUGCACAACUGGGUGCUCGUGCAGACAACCAAACUGACCUUCCACUGGUACCACACGCCCCGACACCAAACCCUGGCCGAGAAGGCGUUCGGCCCUUUGCCGCCGAUUCGGAGUUUGGACAAAUUUGACCUGUUCCUCUCCAACACCGGCCCGGUCGGCGUUGACCUGGCGAGGCACCUGCCACCAAAUGUGAAGGAGGUCGGCUGCGUCCAGUGCAGAAAAGGAAAACCAUUGGAAAAAGACUUGCAAGAAUACUUGGACAGUGCAAAAAACGGUUUCAUCUUCAUGAGUUUCGGCAGCAACGUUAAAAGCAGUCUUCUGCCCAAAGAAAAAAUUGACAUAUUUUUGAAAGUUUUCGGAGAACUCGACAUUAAAGUUCUGUGGAAAUUUGAGACCGAUUUGCCUCAGAAGCCGAAAAACGUCAUGAUCAAAAAGUGGUUGCCACAGCAAGACAUUUUGGCUCAUGAGAAUAUAAAGCUUUUCAUCACACACGGCGGACGUUUGAGUGUUCAAGAGUCGAUGUACCACGGCGUGCCAAUGUUGGCUGUGCCGUUUUUUGCAGACCAGUACAUAAAUGGACAAAAAGCUGUGAAUAAAGGAGUCGGUCUGAAACUCCACUUGCCCAAUUUGACAGCCGAAAAUUGGAAAAAUUCCAUCGAAACUAUUUUAAAUAAUCCAGGAUUUUCAGAGAGAGCAAAAAGGCUGUCCUUGAUUGCAAGUGAUGAGCUUGAAAGUCCUCUUGAGAGGGCAGUAUUUUGGACCGAGUACGUCAUCCGACACAAAGGGGCCAAACACCUUCAGCCAGCCGGUUCGCACCUGAAUUGGGUGCAGCUACACUCUUUGGAUGUUAUAUCAUUUCUAAUGACAAUUUUAAUUGUCACUGCGACUGUUGCAUUGUUAGCGAUAAAAUUAAUUUUAGAAUUAAGGAAAAAACAAAAGUUGAAGAAAAAGUGAACAAGAAAAUAGAGAUAAGAUUGUGUUCAUAUCCAAGAUUUAUCAUCUCAGUUAAUGCAUUUCAUUCAAUUAACAAAAAAAAAUAUAUAAUUUGUAAGGAAUAAAGGCAGAGUGCAUAUAAGCCUACCUUGA